GAAAAAUUUGUUUUCCUGUCAUUCAUGAAUGAAUAGAGAAAUCCCAACAAAUCAAGAACCAACCAAAAUCGAAUUCUUUCACUCCUUUUAUUUUUUGUUUGCUGUUCGUGAGGCCUUCGCUCUCUACUUCGGUUCUGUCUGUUCUAUAGCUCACCUUGACCCCUAUAAGAAGACCUUUGCGCCAUCAUUGCUACUCUCCCUCAUUCAACCCUUCACUAAAUUAGUAGUACAUCUUGACACAGAUAGAGAGACAUAAAAGGAAACAGGGAAAGAAGAUUGGAGAGAGGAAGAAAAGAAAUGUACACUGAGAGUGGGCUAUUGUUCCCUUAUUACUUCCGGAGCUUUUCUCAAGAAGCUCCCCACCUUGAAGAGCUCUAUGUCUCUCACAGACCCAAUGCUUCAAUGACAUCUUCAAUAUCAGAAUAUGACCUUGGAGAAGAAGGGGAUCUCUUCAAGGCGCCAGAACCAAUUAUUGAAGAAGAGCUGUUGGAUCUUGAUCCCAUGACAGCUGCUAUUUCAUUGAUUUCAUGUGCAGAUGAUGUCAUCUCCCCACAAGGCCUUGAGGUCUCAGAGAUUAUCGAAUCAUCAUUCGAGAACGGGCAGAUCCUCAGUGAGGUUUUCUAUGAAUGCAAGAAAGAUCUACUGGCCAAAGAUGGAAUAGAAAUUCUAUCACUCUCUCAUGUUCUUGAUCCCACCACCAAUAAGGCUGGUGAAAAGAUGACAUCAGAAGAGAAUCUGGAUUCUCAUGGAUCUUUACUUCAGAAGAGUGCUAGUUCUGAGUCUCUAAACACGUUGGUGGAUUGGGUACAAGAGACGGCUCCAGUUACUGGAAAAAUCUUCGAUUUGCCACGAAUGGAGUUUAAUGCUGUUUAUGGGAUGAGAAGAUCACUCAGUGAAGGAGACAUAAAGACUCUUGGUAACGGUAACGUAAACCUCAUCCACUCUCCGCUGGGACUAUGCAGUUCCAUUUCUGAAGCACGAAAGGAGAAGCUAUCGAGAUACAGGAUCAAGAAGGCCAAGAGGAAUUUCGGCAGGAAAAUCAAGUAUGCAUGCAGGAAGGCAUUGGCAGACAAUCAACCCAGGAUCCGCGGAAGAUUUGCGAAAACCGAAGAAGCAGAUGCAUCCAAGAAGCACUGACUGACUGUUCAACGCUCUACAGAAGAGAAAGACGGUACGCUGCGCUGAAGGAUCGAAUGGUUGUACUGAUUAGCUAUUCGCCAAGAAAAAAGGAAAUAUCUUGCGGAAGUAGUUACUGUUUGUUUGUUGUUUGAUCUGUUCUUAGCUGCAAUAAAAUCCCGGGUUGAUUAGUAAUCCGGGUACAGAUGGGAUGUAUAUAUUUGUCCACGGCUGAAUAAGAAUUAUUUGUAUGCUCCUUGAGAAAUUUGCAAGUGUUCCAACAUUUUUUCCACAUGCACAAGCCAUAGAGGAGCUUGGUGUGUGACGGACUCUUGAUAAAGUUGAAUAAGUUGUACAAAAUCUUCUAUGAGUCUAUCCCCCUUUCUAC